CGCGCAGCGCACACACACAUAUAAACCUCGGUUCUCCACCGCAGCAUCGCCAAAGGGAGCUGCGCUCUCUCAUGCACACGUUCCUCACACAAUGUGAGAUGGGAUAAGAUGAGAUGACAUUAUCCGCACAUCUCCCAUCAUGCCAAACGACACGGAUGUGCCGCUGUCUGCGUGCGCUCUGGGACGCGGCUCGCGCAUCUCCCUCGCCACCGUCUACUCCUUCAUGUGCGUUGUGGGAAGCGUCCUCAACCUCCUGGUUAUCUAUUUGGUGGUGACGUUCAAGAAGCUCCGCACAGCCAGUAAUGCGUUUAUUGUGAACGGCUGCGUGGCGGAUCUGCUGGUUUGUGCUUUCUGGAUGCCCCACGAAGCAGUGGUCACCUCCACUGGGACUUUUUUGGUGAUUGGCUACCAGGCGUUCAAAGAAGCGCUGCUGUUUCUGGGAAUCACCGUGUCGCUGCUCUCCCACUCGCUUAUUGCUGUCAACAGGUAUGUUUUGAUCACCAAAACCCCUGCUGUGUAUCAAAGCCUUUAUCAGAAGAGAAACACCGAAUGGAUGAUCGCAGGAUCGUGGCUGAUCUCCUUGGGCUCCUUGCUCCCGUGGAUCACGUCCUUUCGGUACCCGCCCGAGAGGUGCCGGGACACCGAAGAUGCGUCGUUCCCCAAGGGAACAUCGGUGUCUGUUUUGUCCAGUCGGUUUGCUGCUGGUACACUAGCGUUUACUAUCAUCGGACAGACUUGGGUUGUGGUGUACUGCUACUUUAAAAUCUUCCGCCGAGUGCAAACAAGUGUGAAAAGAGUCAGUAUUUUGAAUUUCCAAAUCGUGAACAACCUUCCUUAUUCGUUCCCCAGAAAGGACAAGCGACUUGGUUUUUACGUUCUCGCAGUCUGCUUUAUUUUUAUUCUUACAACCGAGCCGAUUUUUUGGGUUCUCGUCGCGGGACUCUUUGCCCCGGUGUCCGUGGUGCUUUGGACGUCAACGUGGAUUGUGUUCUGCACUAUAUUCGUGUCCAAUCCCUUUCUGUACACUUGGAAGAACGAGGAGUUUCGGAAGUCCUUCAGGUCUGUGAUGAGAGGAGACUUCUUGCGGGGAUCCACGGUUGGAGUCGAGCCCAUCACCAUCAACACCAUUUCUCACAUCUUCCCGAGACAAAACAGCCACAGGGCAUUUCUGGGUGAGAUGAAUUGAGCUAGACCUACGAAACCUUAAGACUAGUAAGACCGUGGCCAAAUUUCGCUCGUGCCUGUCCAAGAUGCUUCUACUAUCUGCUGGUGAUUUUUCAACCACAAUGAGCUGCAUGUGUUUUACAGUGUUUUGUAAAGUUUUUGAAAUCUUUUUUUGUGAAAGUUGAAGUGUGAAGUGUUUUUUUGCACAACUGUGAAGGCUACACUGCCACUUUUUAAAUGAGAAAUGUUUAUGAAUGUUCAAAUAAAUCAGAAAAAUCUCAA